AUGUUCGACGUCAACCGCGGGACCGCCGGCAUGCUAACACACGGCCGUAUUGAUCCCGGAUCUCGGGAGCAGAACGAACGCGAGUCACUGGAGCAGGAGCGGAACACUUGGUUCGCCACCUUGGACAGAAACAGGCUGCAGUUCAAGGAGGCAAGAGAACGUAUUAGGGCCGCCUGCGAUCGCGCGCAGCAGAGCGUUCGAAUCGACCUGGCAAACCAGGCCCAAUUCAUCAGCCGUCAGGUGUUGCCCUCAGAUGUCGUCGAACUAUUAUGCCGUUAUCAACGCGAGAUCUGGCAGGGACGCCUCGAACAGAUCCAACUGGAUCGCGACCGGUCAUUAGAAGCUGUCGAUUGCCAGGAGAGGGAGGUGUUCUUACACCAUCAUCGCCGGUUCCCGUUAUCAAGCAAGAUCAUGCCGAUAGUGGGCUUUGGGUCGGGCGAAGGCACGCCGGAACGCGAAACAUCCGUCCAAGCAACAGGUCGGGCGAGCGACCUUCAGCUGAGGGGAGGGCCUGACCAUGUCGCAUCUGACGAUGUUGCAUCCGAUGAUGUCGCAUCCGACGAUGUCAUCGCGCCCAAGACACACUCGCUUCCUCCCGCGGUUAGAGGGCUGACCAUCAGACCGCUGGCCGUUGUAUGUCCAAACCCUGCUGAGGACGGCGCUCAGCGUCCCCCGCAUGGUCCGCUAGGGACAUCUGCUGUCACAUUGAGAGCGUCCAACGAAGGCGUACCUGGUCCCGUCGUCGUGUUGCCAUCGCAGCAGGCUCAGCGGGCCUAUCAGAGUCCUUACCGUGACAGACACGGUUUCGCGUGCCGAGGCCACGAGAAGGGAUCAACCGGCCUUGUUGGCAGUACACCAAAAACGCCAGAAGGGUUGGCUGGGCAGUGUGGGCGGAGUGCGACGAGGCGCAGACAGCCUUCAGCCGCGAAUCUCGGGCCGAAGCGCCCGCGACUCACCACCGGUCAAAAGGCCGAAGCUCGAACGACCACUAUCGACGAGGUUCGACGCCAUAAUGCCUCUGGGGCCAAGAGCGUAAUCAUAAAAUUUAACGGACUCUUCUACAUCAUCAGGUACGUUCCCUACAAGCCGGCGGCUGAUAUGGCGGAACCAGGUCUGACGGGAAUAUUGACGCGUGAUAGGUGCGACGAACACAGCAUUCGCUUCAGACAACAUGUCCUAGCCGAGGCUGCAAGGCAUUUACAAGGGGCGUGCCACGGAUAUCCCACGGUCACAAACAGGCUCAUUGUCCAAAUGUUCGGCGUUCGUGUCACCGACUGCACCGAUGCCCUUGCGUUGAUGAACAACGCCUGCGUGACAGAAGUCCCAGCCAGCGGAUAUAAGCCGACCAACUGGGCCAGAGGCUACGCACGUCGCCGGAAGUUUGUCCAGUACGUGCCCAGAGCCAUAUCAGUCCCCCACGCCUGGCGGGCCGCAGAGGAAGAGGAGUCCCCAUAA